CAUAAACUGAAAGGCCGCUCAGCAAGGAAGAAGCCACUGCUCCAAAACCGCCAUAAAAAGCCAGACUACGGUUUGCAAUUGCACAUGGGGACAAAGAUCGUACUUUUUGGAGAAAUGUCCUCAGGUCUGAUUAAACAAAAAUAGCAGGAUGAAUUCUUAAGUGUUUAGGGCUAUAUUAUCUGCUCAGAUUCAGCAAAAUGCUUCAAAACUCAUUGGACGGCGCUUCACAGUGUAGAUGGACAAUGACCCGAAGCAUACUGCAAAAGCAACCCAAUACUUUUUUAAGUCAAAGAAGUGGAAUGUUCUGCAAUGGCCAAGUCAAUCACCUGACCUGAAUCCAACUGAGUAUGCAUGUCACUUGCUGAAGGCAAAACGCCCCAAGAACAAGCAGGAACUGGGGUAAAGGCCUGGCAGAGCAUCACCACGGAAGAAACACAGCAUCUGGUGAUGUCUAUGGGUUCCAGACUUAGGCAGUCAUUGACUGCAAAGGAUUUGCAACCAAGUAUUAAAACUCACAAUUUCAUUUAUGAUUGUUUGUCCAAUUACUUUUGAGCCCCUAAAAUUGGGGGGCUAUGUAUAAAAAUAGUUGUAAUUCCUACAAGGUUCAUACAAUAAUUUUGACAAAACCCUUAAACUAAAGAUGAAAGCCUACACUUAAAGCACAUCUUGAUUGUUUCCCUUCAAAUCCAUUGAGGUGGCGUACAGAGCCAAAAUGAUGCAAAAUAUGUCACUGUCCAAAUACUAAAUAUAUACCUGGCUGUAUAUAAAUAAUGACACUCAAAUCAUUAAACAAAAUAAUAAGGAUUUAUAUCAGCCUAAUCAAGGUCUGGAUUCACACAUUCCACUGUUUGAACUUGUAAUGGCAUGGGAUUUUUACUAAUGCGACUUGUUGUAUAAAGCUGGGAGCAGCUUGUGGAUUUGACAGCUCCGAUGCAAUUACACCACCGACACCUCCCUAAACAAAACAAAUGAUAUGCUAUGCAGUUGUUGAAUAUUGUGGGUUAACGCUGAACUGAUUGAAUCUAGGCCCCAGUCUUUUUGAUACAUUUGAAUGGAAAGUUAACUGCCUGACAAAGUUCCUGACUGCCUGAUGGCUCUUGUUGGAUGCUAUGUAACAAGAAGGAGGAAUGCUGUCUUCACACAAAAGUCAAAAAUAAUACUAAAUGUAUUGUGCAAAAGUAAAAUAUGCACACACCAAAAACCCAGAUCUAAAAUAAGGCAACAUUCAUGGUGCAAAAGUGAAACAUGCUUUUAAAAAGAGUGUUCAUCUGUUGCACCUUUCACUCUUUCACAUUUAGUCAAAUAAAAUAUGAAUUUCCCUCUGAAUCCAGAGAUGUUUUGCAGUGUGCAUAGCCUCUCCUUCUUCUUACUGCUACUACUGCUCCAUUACCUACAGCAUGCUGACUGAACACAUUUUGCCUGGGCAGAAACAACUUUUUCUCAUUACUGGAUACACAUUUGAAUGAAAAGUUAAGAUUGAAUUCCACCACUUUUAAACCUCAUUAUCUCCAGCACCAUACCAUAUGUGCAAACGACACGUUUUACGGUCUGUAGUAAAAAGAUAAGAAGAAAAGGUCCUAAGAAAGUGCCACAUGAUGAUGUCAUCAACAGUAAAAAGUAAUAAUGGUGUUGUAAAUAAUGAAUACAAGUUUAAAAAGUGGUGGAAUUCCACUUUAACUGUCUGGCCAGUUACCUGAUGGCCUGUUUGUUUGUUGAAUGUUAUGUUGUCCCUUGGGUGCUCUGAGUAUGCUAGCAAUCUGGUAGAAGAUUGGUACCUUACCCCCAAAGCUAAUCUUAACCAUUAGGGGGAUGGAAGAAGAUGAUCAGUCAGUUACAGAUCAGCCGUUAAGGCCAGACAGCUGAACUAGGAUCAGUUUUGAUAUCAGAAAUUGAGUUUUGAGGGAAAAGCAUUAUCAUUUCACUUAAAGCCAGCGAGUAUAAUGCCAUGUCAUAAAAAUAUAUGAUACUCUAACAAUAUCUUAGUAGCAUCUCAGUGAUCCUGAGUUAUUAACAAUAUUUUUGAGUCACAAAGAAAGAUUGAACAGAUUUAUCUGUAUAAAAGAUUGAGAGCCAAUACAUGCUUAUAACAAGUCAUAAUGCAUUAUACCGACUUAAGUAAAAUAUUACCAAAAAAGCAUUUAGCGAUGAAACGUGUCGCUCAUAUCACUAGAUCUGAUUUCAUUAGAAGGUCUUAGUAACUUUAUCUUACAUUUCUAAACACUGUAGUUGGUUGAAUACUGCUGUAUACCCACAAUGGACAUAGAGCAAUUAUGUUGUAAUAAUCACUUUGUCAGGGAGAUAUUGAAUAAUAUGAUUAAGAAUUUGUUAACAUGCUCUCAACUUGGCCGUUUAAAAAGUGUAGUAUUUAUAUGGAGAGAUACAGUUAUCAUAAUUUCACUGUCCAUUGGCGUGUUGCAUAAACUUCAAUUUUGACUCUUUCUAUGUAUUCUUUCCAAUGGAACCAUGGCCACUGUGUUGAUCACAUUUAAUACCAAAGUGAGUAGGCUAUACGUUUCCCUUUUAUCUGUACAAUAAUAUCACCUUGGUUUCCUUAUAGCUUUUCAUUGUUGUGCCUUGCCUCCAGCCUUUUAACUGACAUAGUGUACCAAGUGCUUCCUUGCUUUUCAAACAAAAUAUUGUACUGUACUUGACACAAACAAAAGCUAUUCAGAGAAAUACCCAGAAAAGUGUUGUCUUAAUGAAUUAGUGGAUAAUGUUGCACUUUUUUGUAUAACCUAUGUACUUCAUUAACAUUGUGUUCCGAUGCUCAUUUCUGUGUGGUGAAUGUUGUCAGCCUUGAGUUGAAUGGUUUUCUGUUCCAGGAGGUGCUAAAUUAACGCAAAGGUAAAGGAAUUACUUAACUUUCUGCCAUACUACUGUGUAUAACAUCUACUGUAUCAUCUUAAAUUAUCUCAGCCAGAAGCAUAGGGGUAUGAUAACUUAAACUGCCAUGUAUAACUGCCCAUGGAAAUUAACUCAAAGGUCGCUCUUGUUAUUCUGUAUUGCAAGCAGAAGCCACAUGUAUUAAACAAAUAAGGGUCUGAAGCAUUGCAUGCCCAAUGUUUUUCCCUCAAUGGUUCUAAUGAACUGAAACAGUUCAGAAUGGAAUCUGUCUGGGUUCAUCACACCUGUCUGUGUGUUUAUGUGCAUGCUUGCGUGCUGUGGUGGAAAUUAUUUCUGCAUAGCACCAGCGACAUGUGAAAGACAAGCCUGACUUCUCCCCUCUCUGGGUACCAGGUGACUGAGCCCCAGCUGAGGGAGGAAGUGCAACUGCCAACAUCAGAGUCCAAAAGGAUACAUUCUAAUAACAAGCAUAUCAUAUAAGCAUAUUAUGCAGAUAAGACAUCUUAAUUAUCUAUGUUACCUAUGUUACAUAACUAAUUCUGAUUAUUCCGCCACAGUGCGAUUGUGUGUGUGUGUGUGUGCGUGCAUGUGCGUCCAAUGCAAAUGUGCUGUGCCAUUGAAAUGCUGCAACCCAUAAAUGUAAUUUACAUGUCCUUUUAACAAGCCUCAAGCUCUGCUAUACCAUUAAUCAUACAGUUGUACAGUUAAUCUGUAAUUUCCAAGCGCAAUAGUGUAGUUGUAACACAGUUAGAGAAAUGUAAGUAGGCAUGACAAUAUUUAAUUGUAACAAAUGAGUGUUAAUUUUUCCCUGCUAGUUUAUAUUGUUGACAUUCAAAUAGUUUUUAUGAAGAAGUAUACUAUUGUGUUUUUAUCCUGAUCAAAAUUGCAUUAAUGUCGUCCACCAGCUGCAAUUAAGCCUGGGGAUGAGGGUUCAAAUUGCAUUGACAACAUCCGGCAAAGCUUAUUGUUGUUUAUGUCUGUAAUCCAUGGCCACAGGGGAGCAGUGAAGAGCUACAGUAAAAUGUAACACAGUAGUAAGAUCUACAGUAUGAUGCAGCCUUUUGUGCAAAUAAGCAGAUAUUUCAGCAUAAACUGAAAUAACUCUUAUAGAAAAAUAUGUAUCCAAUUUAUUAGAUUGAGUCUGUGAUAUCAAACAUUUGGUUUUAUUCCAAGACAUUCCAUGUAAUGCUGUCUGAGGGAUAUCAGACAGACAGCACUCAGUCUAUUAUUCCUUUCAGAAUAGGCUUUUACAAAUAUGUAAAUCACACUUCAACAAAAUACAUAUCCACAAUAUUGUAUGCAAGUGCAACGGUAUGGUUUAUACAAUUUUUACCUCCUAAUUCUUGGAAACUGUGUUAACCAUUGCAAACUAAAUAAUAAUGUUGAUAUUGUAUGUAAACAAAGCCUAAUCAGUUGAUCCCACUGAUCCCACAAUGGCAAUAUGUGUUGGUAAUUAACCCACCAAAAAUCUGUUAGAGGAAUCUUUUGUUUGGCAGUCUUCCGUGAUGUCAUCACUUAAGUUCAAUAUUUUAAACUUAAGUGAUGACUCCUGUUUCCUGUUUAUAAAGGCUUUUAUGAAGCAGACAUUUUUUGGUUGUAUUUGACUAAGAUUAGCCGUGUGUGCUAAAUCCAUAUUGGCUAACUGUUUUAUUGUCGCACCUCCAUAUUAAAUCAAUACGUUUCAGAGGAGCUGCCUUUGUGAUGAAAAGAAAGCAGCCAGUGUUUCUAAGUGGUUUACAACACUGCAUUCCAUCAUCGCCGGGCAGCCCCCCCACGCCCUGACAGGCCACUUGUCACUCAACCCAGGAAGCAGAGUGAUGAGCUGAGAGGGCGAGCUCUUUAUAAGAGCCCCACAGAACCCCCAUCAACAGAACCAGGCCUGCUCCAUACCGACUGAUCCAGAUCCAGCAUAGCCCGGUCCAGCUCAGCUCGUCUCACCGCGUCUCAUCCCUGCAAACAAAACCCAGCUCUGUUGGAGAUGAAGGUCUGCCGAAUCCACUGUGCCCUGGCCCUGCUGGGUUUGGCCCUGGCCAUUUGCAGCCAAGGAGCUGCCUCGCAGCCCGACCUGGACCUCCGCAGCCGCAGACUCCUUCAGAGGGCUCGUGCCGCUGGCAUUGCCACACAGGAGUGGAGUAAGCGAGCGGUGGAGGACAUUCUAUCCCAACUGUCCUGGCCUGAGGCCCAGGAAAGUGAGGUGUCCCCAGCGGGAGCCAAAGAGGACCUGCGUGUGGAGCUGGAGCGCUCAGUGGGCAACCCCAACAACCUGCCCCCCCGCGAGCGCAAAGCUGGCUGCAAGAACUUCUACUGGAAGGGCUUCACUUCCUGCUGAGGGAAGAAAAAACCGACCACCUUAUGACACGAUGCUGCCAAUCACGUCACACCGCCAACUUACACCUGACUAAUGCAGCCAAUCAACAGUUAGCUGUGCCCGAUGACGGUUCUUGAAAUCAACAGAAUGAUGUACCUGUCUAAUUUGUGAAAUAAAGAUAAAAUAAAAUAA